AUGUGCUUUCCGACGACGAGCUUAGUCGCCUCGAUCUUAGUUUUGUUCGCAUGUUUUCACGUCGGCACGCAAAGGCGCCUUCCAGACACUGUAGAAGAUAACCCGAAUUCUACAGAAUUGAAUUUUGGUAAUGGCACCAGGAAUGCUGGUUUGUGUGGGCAUCACAACAACUUUUGUGGAGAACAAACUGGAAGAGGCCAAGGCGGCGGCGGGCUCUUAGGAGGUGGUAGCGGGGGAGGAGGCGGCAAAGACAAUAACUCUUUAGGAAUAAUAUGGCUUCUAGUUGUCCUCACAAAGCUUUCCACCAUUAAAAUUAUUCUUGCCACAACCCUGGUUAUGGUCCUUUUAAUAAAAAAAUUCCUUAUGGCGGCUGCCAUUUUGGCUCCUGUCAUAUUAAACAAAAUCAAAAUGGCGUUGGUACACCACGAACCCAAACAUGUACACAUCAAGGACGACGAAGACUAUGAUAGGAUUUUCGGGCACGUGCAAAGGAAUUACGUGACCCAACAACAGCAGCAGAAUAUGCAGUUCCAGAAUACAUAUAAUCCUCAACAGUAUCAGCAAUACCAACAGUAUGCUGCAGAUCGACAGAGAUAG